CCUCCAGCAUCUGUCUGAUAAUUUUCCUUGUGUAGUGCUCGGGCUGAAAUGUGAGCGUCACGGAGCGCCCACCCUCCUCCUCCUCUUCUCCGUCUCUCCCUCAGUGAAGUCCCACUGAGCGGCUUUCAAACUUCAGUGUCGAGUUGAAAGCGGAGGAGGAAGAGCUGGAGCCGACAAACAGCCUCACAGCAGCUCAAACAGCCGCUGUGAUCGCUGCCUCUCUUUUUCUCUUCGCUCGGUCCACUUUGAGGAUUUACGCUCAGCUCCCCGGCGUUUGAUUUUACGGUUUUUGUUUUCGUUCCUCAAUCGUGUAUCGAAGUUUCCGACUGUCACGUUUUAGUCACGGACCUUUAUCUCGGCAGACUGUGGGAGUAACCGCUUUAAUUCAGGACUAAAUAAUAACAGCGAGCCGCUCCGAGUGCAGCUGGGGAGGUUUUCUAACGGAGAGCUGGCUGAAUUUCGACCUGCCCUCGACAUGGGGAAAUAGCGGGGAUCCUCUCUACCCGACCCCGUGUGUCUUCUGAAAGACAGACCCCUUUUUUUUUUCUUUUUUUUUCUUUUUGGCCGAAACGAUGAGUAUGGACGGCUGUCCGCUGAAGGUGGUGAUUUUUUUGUGGUGUCUGCUGGUGAUUUCGGGUUCCAGCUUUGAGAUUGGCUCCUACGACCUGGAGCGUGGCAGACCGGCCAAGUGCGAGCUCAUCACGAUCCCCAUGUGCCAGGGGAUCGGCUACAACCUGACCCGGAUGCCCAACUUCAUGGCCCACGACGACCAGAAGGAGGCUGCCAUCAAACUGCAAGAGUUUGCCCCCCUGGUGCAUUACGGCUGCCAUGUGCACCUCCGCUUCUUCCUCUGCUCCCUCUUCGCCCCCAUGUGCACGGACAAAGUGUCCACCUCCAUCCCCGCAUGCAGACCCAUGUGCGAGCAGGCCAAGGAGAAGUGUGCUCCCGUCAUGAAGAAGUUCAGCUACACCUGGCCGGAGUCACUUAAUUGCGAAAAGCUGCCUACCAGGAAUGACCCCAACGCUCUGUGCAUGGAAGCCCCGGAGAACGAAACCAGGACGGAGGGGAAGAAAGGGGAGGGCAUGCUUCCAGUGCCCCCUCGCCCCAGGCAGCCGGGCACGGGCAACAACCGCUCUCCGGGCAGCGUGGGUUCCUGCGAGAACCCAGACAAGUUCCAGUUUGUGGAGAAGAGCCAGUCUUGCGCUCCACGCUGUUCCCCUGCUGUGGAUGUCUUCUGGUCUAGGCAGGACAAAGACUUUGCUUUCAUUUGGAUGACUGUGUGGUCCAUCCUGUGCUUCGUCUCCACCGCUUUCACCGUCCUGACCUUCCUCCUGGAGCCUCACCGCUUCCAGUACCCAGAGCGACCCAUUAUCUUCCUCUCCAUGUGUUACAACGUCUACUCCGUGGCCUUCAUCAUCCGCUCAGUGGCUGGGCCCGAGAACAUCGCCUGCGACCGUGAACACGGCGAGCUGUACAUCAUCCAAGAGGGGCUGGAGUCCACCGGCUGCACCAUCGUCUUCCUCAUCCUCUACUACUUUGGCAUGGCCUCGUCUAUCUGGUGGGUCAUCCUCACCCUCACCUGGUUCCUGGCUGCAGGGAAGAAGUGGGGCCACGAGGCUAUCGAAGCUCACAGCAACUACUUCCACAUGGCUGCUUGGGGGAUCCCUGCUCUCAAAACUAUCGUCAUCCUCACUAUGAGGAAGGUGGCUGGAGACGAGCUGACAGGGCUGUGCUACGUAGGAAGCAUGGACUCGGGCGCCCUCACGGGCUUCGUCCUGAUCCCUCUGUCAUGUUACCUCAUCAUCGGCACCUCCUUUAUUCUCACGGGCUUUGUGGCGCUCUUCCACAUCCGGAAAGUGAUGAAAACCGAGGGCACCAACACGGAGAAGCUGGAGAAGCUCAUGGUGAAAAUCGGCAUCUACUCCAUCCUCUACACCGUGCCGGCUACCUGCGUCAUAGUCUGCUACUUCUACGAGAGGCUCAACAUGGACUACUGGAAGCUGAGGGGGCUGCAGAUGAAGUGCGGAUCUUUCAACGGACCCGGCAGCGACUGCUCGCUUCAGACGUCCGUGCCCACAGUGGCCGUGUUCAUGCUGAAGAUCUUCAUGUCGCUGGUGGUCGGUAUCACCAGCGGGGUGUGGGUUUGGAGCUCCAAGACCCUGCAGACCUGGCAGGGCCUGUGCAGCAGGAAGCUGGCAGACAGGACUAGUAGUAGGAAACCCUGCAGCGGUGUCAGCUGCGGCAGCACACACUGCCACUACAAAUCUCCUGCUGUGGUUCUGCACAUGGCCAAGACUGACCUGCACUCAGACAACCCCACACACGUCUGAGAUUGAGCACACACACACUCACACACCUUUGCCCUGUGUAAGGAGCUGCUAAAAGACUUAAUAUGAAGAUGAGGCAUUGAAUUGAACUGUCACUUACUUCUGUGCUGCUGCUAAGGGACACAAAGCUACACCAUGAGAAACUAUAAACAGUAUUCAGUGCAUAAAGGGAAAAAUGUUCAGUAUUGCUAUCCAUAUGUUUCCUGUUCAUAGUGUUCUGUGCAGUAGACAUGCCCGGUGUUGCAAAGAGAGGGAAAAAGAGACUCGUAGGGGAGGUAUGUUGGGAAAUAUUAGCGUAUUCUCCUCCCUGAAAGUGGCAUGAUGAACUGUAUAAAUGUGUAUAAAUGUGUUAUUUAUUGUCAAUAUAUUUAAUUUAAAGUUCACCUUGGCUCUUACAGGAUUUGUUGUUUAGAUACAUUUAUUAAAAAGGUCGUGGGAAAUCAAGUGCCUUUUCUAAGACCUCUGGUUCUGGCCUUUUGAAGGAUAAUAAAUUUGCGGAACUCAUCCUCAA